AUGGCAGACCCAUUUGCCCCUCGCUCUAUGAAGCGCAAGAAUCACAAGGGACUUGCCUUAACCCCCGCCGCCGCGAAGCCUCCCCGCCCCGCAGAGUCCAAGAACGAAGAGAGCCAGCAACUCGAGAUCGGGAUCGAAUACAAGCUUGACCUGAAACCCGAAGACCUCGAUAUUCUUAAGGAGCUCGGGUCUGGAAAUGGUGGAACGGUCAGCAAAGUCAAGCAUCUCACCACUGGCACGGUGAUGGCUCGCAAGGUCAUCCACGUCGAGGCCAACAAGGAGAUGCGCAAGCGAAUUGUGCGCGAACUUCAGAUCAUGCAUGGUUGCCAUUCCGAUUAUAUCGUCACUUUCUACGGUGCCUUCCUCAAUGACAACAAUGACGUGAUAAUGUGCAUGGAAUACAUGGACGUCGGAUCUCUCGAUAAGAUAUCCAAAACGUUCGGACCCAUUCGAGUCGAUGUUCUAGGAAAGAUUGCCGAGGCCACCCUUGGCGGUCUGACUUACCUUUAUACCAAGCAUCACAUCAUGCACCGAGACAUCAAACCUUCCAACAUCCUGGUCAACUCGAGGGGCGGCAUCAAGCUGUGCGACUUUGGUGUAUCGGGCGAGCUUAUUAACUCUAUCGCUGACACCUUUGUGGGCACAUCUACGUACAUGGCGCCGGAGCGAAUCCAGGGAGAAAAGUAUACCGUCAAGUCGGACGUUUGGAGUUUCGGCCUUUCCAUCAUGGAGCUUGCUAUUGGCAAGUUCCCCUUCAGCUCGAACGCCGAACUCGAAGACGCCGACUGCGCCCCCGCCGGUAUUCUCGACCUCCUCCAGCAGAUUGUUCACGAACCCGCCCCCAGACUUCCCAAGAGUGACGCCUUCCCACCCAUCCUUGAAGAAAUGAUUCAGAGGUGUCUGUCCAAGAAGCCCGAGGAGAGGCCAACUCCUCAGGAGCUUUUCGACAAGGAUCCUUUCGUCCAGGCCGCCAAGAGGACACCCGUCGACCUUAGAGAGUGGGCGGUAGGCCUCCUGGAAAAGGACAACCGCAAGUCUCACCUUGCGCCCCAGCUCUCUCCCGCCACACAAGAACUUUUGCGCUCGACCGAUUCCCCCACCUUCUUCCACCACCAACAGCAGCAGCAGCAGCAGCAACAGCAGCAACAACAACAAAUACAACUACCACACAUCGAAGGACUAUCGAUCAACCCUCUCGAGACACCGACGUCGGGAGAGAUCCCCAUUGCCGGAGCCGGCAUCAUCUCACCGCGAGACCACUACGACCACCCUGCUUUCCACAACUAUGCCCGCACACCAAACACUGCUGUACAUCCCAUGAGUGCGGGGGUGGGUAAUUUCAAUCUCCCCGGCCGGAGCGUGGCUCCUACCGGUCCACUACCCGGAGUGCCGCCUCGGAACGGUACGCCGGAUGACGGCAGGGGUGAGAGCCGCAGGCAAGCGAGGUUCGGCAUGCCUCCUAAUGGCAGCUACAACUAUGGAUAUCCGUCCAACUAG